AUGAAGCUCUCUUCUCUGCUGGCAUGUGCCGUAGUAUUCUCGGGCCUGGGACAGGCAAUUCCAACAUGGCCGUCCUCGAUUGACGAGCUGGAGGAUGUUAUGUUUCUUAACACCGGCUACAAAAGUCGAGGAUUCUCAUCUCAUAUAACACCAUGCGGGUUUUCGGAGUUCGGGGCUGGACGACAAACUGCUGCAGAGUGGCUCAGAAUUGGGUUCCACGAUAUGUCCACGACGAAUGUGUUUUUCACCCCACAUGGAGGCAUCGAUGCUUCAAUUGCAUUUGAAUUGGGUGAUGGGGAGAAUAUCGGCGCCGGUUUCAAUACAUCGCUUACUACAUACUCUGGAUUCUUUAACAGCAGGUUACCUAUCUCGGAUAUGAUUGCCCUGGGGGUAUAUGCAUCUGUACGAGGCUGUGGGGGACCUGUUAUACCCAUGAGAGGAGGUCGCGUCGAUGCAACCGCUGCGGGCCCUGCAGGUGUGCCGCAGCCGCAGAACGGCCAAGGGGUUUUCAAGAGCCAGUUUACGAGGAUGGGUUUCAAUGUUACAGACAUGAUCCAGAUGACUGCUUGUGGACAUACGCUUGGAGGGGUUCAUGCUGGGGACUUCAACAAUAUUGUGACUCCUGGCGUCUCGCCAGAUGAUUUCCAACUCUUUGACACCACUACGAGCUUUGAUAAUGAUAUUGCAGUGCAAUAUAUCAAUGGCCCGAACAGUGACCCGCUUGCCGUUGGACCAUCAGUAGCAUCUACGAGGAACUCGGAUUUUGCUGUUUUUACAGCGGACAACAAUGUUACGUUGAAGGCUAUGACGAGUGCUGAUACCUUUAAUAGCAUGUGCACCUCGAUUUUGCAGAGAAUGAUCGAGACCGUAGACCCGGCAGUGGUCCUAUCAGAUAUCAUUCAACCAUACGAGGUCAAGCCUACUGGUAUACAACUUACAUUACUUUCUGGGGGCACUCAAAUCCAGUUUUCAGGAGACAUUAGGGUUCGAACGACAACUCGUAGUGUAUCGAGUGUUGCGGUUAUAUACAAAGACCGAAACGGGACGGGGAGCACAAGUAUUACAACAUCUACAAGUGGAACAGCAAAUGGAUUCGAUGACAGUUUCUCGUUCUACGGAUUCAGCUCGAAUCUGCCCGCUGGUAGCUCGAUAUCAUCGUUCACUGUGGCAGUUACUUAUACCACCGGUGCGAUGCAAACAUAUGAUAACAAUGGCAAUGGGUUCCCCAUUCAGGACUCAAUUAUUGUCCAGAGUACUCAAAGCUGUCAAAGCAAUGGAACUCUCACUGUUGUCGCUGCAGUUCGUGGGAAUACAACAGCUCCAAGCUUGACCGUGGAGCAAAAAGUCGCAAGACCAUCUGGAACUCCGAUUCCUUCAUUAGUGAAUGCAACCGUAGCCAUGGUAAUAGGGGCUUCGGUUGGCCCGUACACGCUUUACAGCACCAAUUACACGAUUGCUUCAACUGCUGGGACUAAAUACGGCGUGUUGAGCGGAGCCUUUUCCGACACGUUCAAAAACGCUGCGGAUCUAGGCGCGGCUUGUGCACCUUUUGGAUCCACGACCCCAAACAGCACUUCCUUGUCUCGCUCUAUGGCAUCAACAAUAAGCACAAGCAGCUCGGCAAUUAGUAAUUCGUCCUCUGCUUCAUUAACCCCGACGCUUGCUGUGAAGACAACUGUUGGAGCGACGGGCAUUGGGGCGCUCGCAGGAAGCUCGUUCUAUGAUUACAUGGCUAUGAGUCUUGAAAUGUUUGCAUCUAAUUGUGCCGGUUUUGCGUAUUGGGUGGUUGAAUAUGGGGGGAAAUGCUAUUGCGGGAACUCUCUCGAUGCUACUUCUACUCUUGCUGCUAUUGGCGAUGUAGUUUCACUUGUCCAGGCUCGGAAGCGGAGUACUGCGGUGCUGGGAAUAGGAGCAGUCAAGACGAGUGUGGAAACUAACAGUAUCUCGGCUGUCGAACAGAAGGAGGGAGAUAGUCUUCAGGCAUUGACUAGUGUUGUGUAUUGUAGUGCAACGACACAGCACAGUCAUGAUGCUCUAGAUGUGGGCGAUGAAGUGCGCGGGAUUAAAUUAUUGGGGAUGGCUUCAAUACCGGCAGCGUGGCAGCGUGUUCCGGGAGACUGCAGCUUCUUGUGCAUACUGCGGGGCGGGGACUAA